CCAGCAUCGCUUCCCUGACCCGCGUGGCGAAGGGUCAUGCCCCAGCCGCGUCUCCUCUGACCCGUCGUGUUUAGUGCCCAAGCCGUUCGCGAUGACGAUACCAAGACUUUCCGGAAACGAGACGCUCACGAACCUCGUGGAGUCCGACCUCAACGUCUCCGGCCUCGAGGAGGAACCGCUCUUCGGAGUUGACUUCGAGCUGGCGAUGCCCGUGUGGGAGAUCGUGGUGACCGUCGUCUCCUUAGGCGUCAUCAUCAUCUUCACCAUCAUCGGCAACGUGCUGGUGAUCCUGUCCGUGUUCACGUACCGGCCGCUGCGCAUCGUGCAGAACUUCUUCAUCGUGUCGCUGGCCGUGGCCGACCUGACGGUGGCCGUGUUCGUGCUGCCCUUCAACGUGGCCUACAGCAUCAUCGGCAAGUGGGUGUUCGGCAUCCACCUGUGCCAGAUGUGGCUCACGUGCGACAUCAUGUGCUGCACGGCCUCCAUCCUCAACCUGUGCGCCAUCGCGCUCGACCGCUACUGGGCCAUCACGGACCCCAUCAACUACGCGCAGAAGCGCACCGUCAAGCGCGUCAUGAUCAUGAUCGGCCUCGUGUGGGCCAUCAGCGUGGUCAUCUGCCUGCCGCCGCUGUUCGGCUGGAACGACUGGCCCGACGUGUUCACCUCCGACACGCCCUGCAUCCUCACGCAGGAGCGCGGCUUCGUCAUCUACUCCUCCUCGGGCUCCUUCUACUGCCCGCUGCUCAUCAUGACCAUGGUCUACAUCAAGAUCUUCACGGCCACGCGGAGGCGCCUGCGCGAGCGGGCCAGGGCCUCCAAGCUCAACCAGAUCCCCAACAGCGGAAAGGCCAGGCUCACCCGGGAGGAGGACUCCGCCGUGAGCGAGAACGGCCAGAACGGCUACAAUGACACCAGCACGAAAAAGCUGGUUCAGAAGAAGAGGCGAAAGAAGAGGAAGUCAGGGAACAAGGGCCAGGCCUCGCCUGCGACGCCCACGCUCGCCCCGCCUCCCAUUGCGGAAACCUCGGACCUGAGCAACCCGAAGGACGAGGCCUCCCCACUCGACGAGAAGAAGGGCGCAGACGUCAUCGUCAGAGUGAACCCGAAGGACGGCAGCCAGAUCCACCAGUUCAUCGAGGAGAAGCAGAAGAUUUCUCUGUCCAAGGAGCGUCGAGCCGCCCGGACGCUGGGCAUCAUCAUGGGCUCCUUCGUGGUGUGCUGGCUGCCCUUCUUCCUCAUGUACGUGAUCCUGCCCUUCUGCUCCACGUGCCCGGUGCCCAACGACAAGGUCAUCAACUUCAUCGUGUGGCUCGGCUACAUCAACUCCUCCCUCAACCCGGUCAUCUACACCAUCUUCAACCUGGACUUCAGGAGGGCCUUCGCCAAGAUCCUGAGGUGCCCCAACACCACGGCUCUGUAAGCUCGUGAAAAUAUGAUUAAAAGACUAUCAAAUUGAUGUUUUUUUUACGUUAUGAAGUUUUUGUUUGACUACAUGAGAUACAUACUCAGAGGUGACAAAAUGAAGAAUGUGAUAUUGUUGUGAUCCUUUUACGAAUAUAUAACUCGGACAUCUUUAAAAAAUACUGAAACCACCAGAUUAAUGCGUGGAUUGUGCCAAUCCAAAUGUAUAAUAUGAAGUUAUGCCAAAGAUUUGAUCCCUUGAUAUUAUGUUAUAUGUUAAUGCUCACGUGUGUUGAAGAUAUAUUGUUUUAUGCCUUACUGACGUCCUGGUCCACGAAACAAAGAUGAGGAUAGGUGAAGAAAAACAAAUUGAAUUGAUAAGGAAAAUAUAAGAAAUAUAUAUCAUAUCAUAUCUAUACCAUGUCAGUAAAGCAAUAUCCCUGAAUGCUCAGUCAAAGGUGUGUGUAUAUUCUUUUAUAAAGAUCAUAUAUUUGAAAAAUUAUGGUCAGACCACAUGUAUUUUAAAUCAGUGUAGAAUAAUGAUGAUACUAAAUACUAGUCUCUCUUACGCUGAGAAUGUAAACUUACCAGUAGUGCAAUGCAGAUAUAAAGUCUUACAUAUACCAAAUGCCCCUCAUCCCCAAACUAAAAUCUAUUAGUAAAUGUGUAUAUAUCCGUGUUUAUGACAGAUAUCUAUAACUUACGUCUGGAAGUUAAGGUAAAGAGCCUACUGUCGGAAAUCAUUCUUUAGUAUAAAAUGAAGAUGUCUACCACAGUCAUCAGGAGUUCCAAAAGCUCUUUCGAUAUGGCCAUUGUCAGGCACAGGUGUCUGUGUGACGGGGAAGCGUGUUGGGUAUGUCGAAGCACGACUUGGUGUCCACAUAGUCUGUAUUUCGUGUAUCCGGAGGGAAGGCCUGGGGGUCAUCAGGCGCGAUCUGGCGGUUCGAAAGCCACGAUUUGUAGGUUCUUCCAUAAGAAAUUUAUGUUUCAUUAAUUUUAGAGUAAUAUUGUAUUAGACUGGUACAUAUCUCCGAUAGUGGGAGAUUUAUAACUAUUGAAGAGCCUGCCGUCUUGUGAUACUAAGGACUCUUUAAGGUUUUAGCACAUUAAGAUAUCAUAUCACAAGAUGUGAACUUUGGCAGCUUUAUUGUUGUAAUAGAAAGUGAAUACCUUUUUUCUGUUUCUCGUUAUUUGAAGAGUUAGAUACUGACAGCUGUUGUGAUAUCUGUCUAACAACGAUGUUACUGGAUAACUAUAUAAAGUAAAAUAAUAAGAAUAAAUAUAUAAGAAAGAUAUAUAUAUUAGAAGAACAGCCAUGUAGCGCUACCCAACUGGUUUGGGGAAGAUGCAAGUGCUUAAGGACCACUUUGUAACAAUUCAUCCCAAGUAGGUGGUAAAUCACCAUGUUUGAUUUAUCAUUUCCGCUAAUGCUAUUUUGGAGUGAAUGCACUAGUCCUCAAUAAAUGAGUGGACAACUAAGCAAAGAAUAGAUGUAACACCAACACUGUGUAGUGGAUUAUUUGCUAUGAUCUGAUUUGUGAUAUAAUAUAUUUGAUUAGCUAAGAGAUAUACUUCAUUUCACGUUUAACUCAUGCACCCAUUGUAUGGCUAAUAAAGGUGAUGGGAUACACUGAAUUAGAUAACAGCGGUCUGCAUUUUGAUACAUAUUUCCCUUUUAUCAUAUUUCCUUUUUAAAUCCUUUGGGAGAUUGGCAUCCCAAACUGAGCCCCAAAAGGGGGUGCCAAACUCUUACAUCGAUCCU